CUGGUUCUGGAUUGGAAGAACACCUCGUCAGUCCUUGCUGUGGCCCCACCUCCUGCUGUCUCUCUGGCUCUGGUUUGGUGGACAGGUGGUCCAGGUGAGCACCUCCCACCAGCACUUCCAUCCCCACUCCAUAAAGAUACCUGGUGACAUCACUCUGGGGGGGCUGUUCCCCGUCCAUGCCCGCGGCCCCCACGGUCUGCCCUGCGGAGAGCUGAAAAAGGAGAAGGGGAUCCACCGCAUGGAAGCCAUGUUGUACGCUCUGGACCAGAUCAACAGCGACCCCGAGCUGCUGCCCAACAUCACGCUGGGGGCCCGCAUCCUCGACACCUGCUCCAGAGACACCUAUGCUCUGGAACAGUCGCUCACCUUCGUCCAGGCGCUGAUCCAGAAAGACACGUCUGACAUCCGCUGCUCCAACGGGGAGCCGCCCAUCAUCCGCAAACCAGAGAGGGUGGUGGGAGUGAUCGGAGCGUCUGCCAGCUCUGUGUCCAUCAUGGUGGCCAACAUCCUGAGACUGUUCGAGAUCCCUCAGGUGAGUUAUGCGUCCACGGCUCCGGAGCUCAGCGAUAAUAACCGAUACGAUUUCUUCUCUCGGGUGGUUCCUCCGGACUCGUACCAGGCUCAGGCCAUGCUGGACAUCGUCAAAGCUAUGGGCUGGAACUAUGUCUCCACACUUGCCUCUGAGGGAAACUAUGGGGAGAGCGGAGUCGACGCCUUCAUGCAGAUCUCCAGAGAAGCUGGUGGGGUGUGUAUCGCUCAGUCGGUGAAGAUUCCUCGUGAGCCAACAGCCGGAGAGUUUGACAAGAUCAUCAAACGUCUGAUGGAGACGAGUAAUGCCAGAGGAGUGAUCAUCUUUGCCAAUGAGGACGAUAUCAAGCGUGUCCUUGAAGCGGCGAAGCGCACUAACCUGACCGGUCACUUCCUGUUUGUGGGGUCGGACAGCUGGGGAGCAAAGAGUUCACCAAUCACAGGGCUGGAGGACGUAGCCGAGGGCGCCGUCACCAUCCUGCCCAAACGGGCUUCAAUAUACGGCUUUGAUCAGUACUUCAUGUCUCGUUCUCUGGAGAACAACCGCAGGAACAUCUGGUUCAAUGAGUUCUGGGAGGACGACUUCAGGUGUAAACUGACCCGGCCUGGAAUCAAACUGGACCCUGACAAGAAGAAAUGUACAGGUGAGGAGAGGAUCGGUCGAGACUCAUCGUACGAGCAGGAGGGGAAGGUUCAGUUUGUGAUCGAUGCAGUUUAUGCUGUCGCUUACGCUCUACACAGCAUGCACCAGGAUCUGUGUCCUGGCAGCUCCGGAGUCUGCAGCAACAUGGACCCUGUGGAGGGACGCUCGCUGCUCGACUACAUUAGAGCCGUCAACUUCAAUGGAAGUGCAGGUACGAGUGUUUUGUUCAAUGAGAACGGAGACGCUCCCGGUCGCUACGACAUCUUCCAGUUCCAGAUGACCAAUCACAGCCAUCCUGGUUACCAUGUCAUCGGCCAGUGGACCAAUAACCUGAGACUCAAUUUGGAGGAGAUGCAGUGGUCUGGAGGAGAUAAAUCAGUUCCAGACUCCAUCUGUAGUUUUCCCUGUAAACCAGGAGAGAGGAAGAAGAUGGUGAAAGGAGUUCCCUGCUGCUGGCACUGUGAGCUCUGUGAUGGUUAUCAGUACCAGUGGGAUGAGUUUACCUGUGAAACCUGUCCGUCAGACAUGCGCCCCGCCCCCAACAGAACCACCUGUCGUCCAACUCCAAUCAUCAAACUGGAGUGGAACUCCCCCUUUGCCCUAGUGCCCGCCUCUCUCGCUAUGCUCGGUAUCCUAGCAACGAGCUCUGUGGUCAUCACCUUCAUCCGCUUCAACGACACGCCCAUCGUCAGGGCUUCAGGGAGGGAGCUCAGUUACGUACUGCUGACAGGUAUCUUCCUGAUUUACCUGAUCACUUUCCUGAUGAUCGCAGAGCCAGGUGUGGUGGUUUGUGCAUUCCGGCGCCUCCUGCUGGGCCUCGGUAUGGCCAUCACCUACUCUGCAAUGUUGACCAAAACCAACCGCAUCUACCGUAUCUUCGAACAAGGCAAGAAGUCGGUGACCCCGCCCAAAUUCAUCAGCCCCACCUCCCAGCUCAUCAUCACCUUCAUCCUCAUCUCCGUCCAGGUCCUCGGUGUGUUUGUGUGGUUCGGCGUCGACCCUCCUCACACCAUCAUUGACUAUGAGGAGCUCCGGCCCCCGAACCCCGACCUGGCCCGAGGCAUCCUGAAGUGUGACAUGUCCGACCUGUCACUCAUCUGCUGCCUCAGCUACAGCAUCGUACUCAUGGUAACAUGUACGGUGUACGCAGUAAAGAGUCGUGGUGUUCCAGAAACAUUUAACGAAGCAAAGCCAAUCGGUUUCACCAUGUACACCACCUGCAUCAUCUGGCUUGCCUUCGUACCAAUCUUCUUUGGUACCGCCCAGUCCACAGAGAAGAUGUUUAUCCAGACGGCCACUCUGACUGUCUCCAUGUCUCUCAGUGCGUUCGUCUCUCUCGGGAUGCUCUACAUGCCAAAGGUUUACGUCAUCAUCUUCCACCCCGAACAGAACGUCCAGAAGAGGAAGAGAAGCUUCAAGGCUGUUGUCCAGGCUGCCAGAAUAUCUCAAAAAUCGUUAAAUGAGAAACAGAACGGAGAGACGAAGAUUGAACCUGACAGAUCGCAGUAACACUGCAGUAAUACUACAAACUACAGGUAGCUGCAGAACAAUCCCUUUCCAGGGCCUGAUGACAUCAUCAUCAUGAAGAUCACAUGGUCCCGUCCGCCCCCCCCACUCACACACACACACACACACACACACACACACACACACACACACACACACGUGUGUGUAGUCAUGUCAAAAUAAAACUAUCUACUGGGCUUUUAUACUGAAAAAGAGGAGAUUUUGUGCUUCAGACAGGAAGUCCUCAGCUGGACUCUGAGUGUUGCGUUCAGGUGAAGCUCAGACAUUCAGACGCUCAGUGUUGUUAAAAUGCAGCCAAACUAACUUGUAAGAAAACUGAACCAAUAAAAAACUUGUCAUCAUUGUCAUGGUGACAGAAAAACAAAAGAAACAGCAGUGAGAAGUGAGCUACACGAAAUCCUCGCUUCAGUAUGUACUUUGGUUUUGGUGUCACGGUCUGGUGGGUUUUUUUUGUAGAGCGGGAAAGUCAAACAAAUCGCAGAAGAUAACACUUUUAUCUUUUAUUUUAGAAAAUUGGAAACAUUACAUGGUGGUUCAUUGGCUGAAGUUUUCACUGUAAAUAUUAAGCCACUGUCAAUAUGUUGCUAAGACUCUGACCCGCAUAUUAUUAAAUAUAUAAUAAAUUAUUAUUAAUUAUUAUAAAAUUACAAAUUAAAUUUAUAAAUUUAAAGUAAAUAGUAGCUGAGCUAAAGUACUGUGUAAUAGAUAGAUUUGGGUAAUUCUGUUAAAAAUGGUUUAGCAUGUUUGAUUGUUUCGUAACAUAACAUUUCAUUAUGAAAUAGUAUAUUUUUAAUUCGUAGCGCUAUCUGAACUUCCUGUACUGAAUGUUUCAGGCCAAACACAUGAAUUGUGACUAAUUAAAACUCGUAAUACAUGCAACAUCGACACAAAUCACAUUUUAACACUUUUAACACUUGUACUGUUAGCUAGUUAAGCUAGCAGUUAGUGUGUUAACCAGCACCACAGAGUAUAAUGUUAUAUAAUAUCAGACGUCAGCUGAUCAACUUUUUACUGGUUGAAAAGAUUUUACUGGUUUUCUUUAUAACUGAUGUUGAGAAGCGUAAAUUGCGGACUUCCUGUCUGACUUUCUGAAUUAUGAAAAAGCCAAACAUGAAACAUCUUUAAUUUUACUAUAAAACCCAGAAGAUGUUUGAUUUUGAUCUGAUAACACAUCCAACUUCAACUGGUUAAACUGGUCCAACAGUCUAGUUUGUUGGACUAGAGACGUCUAUCCUGUGGACAGUCAGACUCACCUGAAGGACUCACCUGUUCAUCCUGAGGUUCUCAGUCACCGUUCACCUUC